CGCGCCGGGUAGUCUCGGACCAGCCGCCGUCGCUGUCGGUCGUUGCUGUGGUCUCCUCCGUGCGGGCGUACGACCUCACGUGUUGCGUGCUUCGAGGUUCUCGCUCCCUCUCUCUUCCCAGUGUCCAUGUGCUGUGAGACGCCGAGCCGGGUUUCAAGAACGCGUGUGAUGUAAGGCGCCAACGCCUUGUUUUGGUGGCUGUCAUCUACGGCGCUGAGCCCAGCGCCGCGGGGCGCUCGCCGACUCCGCUUCGCUGACGCAGCCGCCGCCAUGCUGAAGCACGUGCACCUGAGCCCGCUGCGCAGCCGUGCCGACACGCUCAGCCUCAGCUCCACGGCCUCCUACAGCAGCCUCAGCCCCGAGCCGCUCAGCAGCCGCUCCAGCAGCUACUCGUCGCUCAGCGAGGCCGCGCCCACGGAACUCUUCGACUUUUUGGACGCGCUCGCCUCUCGAUUAACGCUCUCGAAGGAAUCCGUGGCUUUGGGCGGGGCGGAUCGGGCGCGUGGGCGGGCGGCGGUGGGCGGUGGGCGAUCGCAACGACGCGACGCUUCGGUGCGGCGGCCGCCCCGAAUUUUUUCUCCUAAUCCGAAUAACCGGAUAAUUGGCCAGUGCUCCCGAUGCUUGCUGCUGCUGCUGCUGCCGGCGGCGGCGGCGGCGGCGGCGGCGGCCCCAUACGACCAUCAAGGUGUACGCGCGCUGCCUGCGCCUCGACAUCGAGUACAAGACGCUGAGCAUCUCGUUCCAGACGACCUCUCGCGAGGUAUGCGAACUGUGCUAGUGCUUGAUGAAGAAGCUCGACCAGCUGCCUUACAGUCUUGCCAUCCACGAGGAGAUUCUAGAUUCUCACUACAAAUGAGACGUGGAGGACUGGUGAAAAUAUAUGACAGUGUAUUGAUGCCUGGGUCUCUGUACAAGAGCCUACUGGUGUCAGAACGCACAACUGUGGAUGACCUUCUUCAGCUACUAUUAAACUGCUAUGGCAGCCAGGAGCGAGUGGAGCAAUUCUCUCUCUAUGAGGUGUGCCGCAGCCAGGAGUAUCAACGCAAACUGCACCCUGAUGACUGCCCAUUGCGUGUUCAGCAAUGCUGGCCAUCUCCUGGAGAGUUUCACUUUCUGGUCCGGCGCAAUGUCCAAGACCUGGGUUUCCGUCCUCGCCGCAAGGCUCCUUGGACUCCUGAAUUGCCGCCGAUUCCAUCAUCAUCUCGACAGCUACCAACCGAUGGACCAAGCUCUCUUUGUGAUUUGAGCAAGCAUCGGUCCAGCACUUCUUGCUCUGAACCAACCUAUGACACUUACUACUUUAUCUAAUCUGACAGUGUCAGUUCUCUCUGAUGCAGUCAGAGGGUGGUAGCACGUGCAAGUGCAUUGCCUCUGUGAACAUGCUGCAGGGAUUGUGAAUCUUUCCCUACUGUUGGCUGAUGAGUUCCCUCUGCUGCAUGAUGUCUUCUGUUAUGAAUUCUGGAUGAGUGUCUAGUUGGCUGUGAAAGAAAUAAGGCAUGAUUUUUUUUUCAUCAAAAUGUCGAUGCUAUUUUCUUUUCACAGAAUGGGCUGAAGGUUACCUUUCAGGAUGGAUAACCAAAGAUACAAGUUAUGAAGGCAAUGUAAAUGUGUAAAAUAUGUUUUGCCAUGGUACAUGGCUUUGUAGAUGUGCAGCUUGAGAGACCUGUCAGUCCAGAUCCCAUCUUGGGUUCUUUGUGAAUUUGUUGUAACAAUUGGAUAUGCUAUGUAUUGCUGUCUGUAGCUAUUUUCAUGUGUAAAAAAUAUUCUUUGAGAGCUUUGUGAAUCUGAUGUACCUUUAUUAUGGUAUAUUGGAAGUUGAAGUGUUUGGCAGGCAAAUAUAUGAGUAGUUAUGAUUUUCCAUGAGGAAACUGUUCAUAAGUAGAAUGAUAUGCUAAGUAACGUCAAAAUUACAUGAUAGUGUUAAAAACACAAUUUAAGUAUAUUUUUGGGAUAAUGAAAUGGGCAGAAAUGUCCAAACCCAAAUCAUUGCCUGUGCAAUAUAAUUUUAGUGGUACCAAAAAUUGAUUAAUCCAGUCGUUAGUUGUUUAUUUGUAGAAUACUGGCAAAGCUAUGAACUGCUGUUGUACAGUGAAGAAACACCAAAGGAAAACCUACAAUUAGUCUAGUUCCUUGUUUGAAGAUGACAAAAUGUAGUGUUUGGUGGUUGCACAGAAAUGUCCAUCAACCUGUGUCUUUGUGAAUGCCUGGAUUUAGUUCUUGGGAUUAUCCAAUUUGAUGCAUGCUGUAGGUCGUCUAUGUUGCCACUCAGACACUCACCUUCAAUGGAGUAUUUACUAUUUUGUAUUGUCUGCUAGUACAGUAGUUUAUACCAAAGAUUAUGUGUAUUAUUUGUUCUAUAAACUCAGUGUGCUAUGAUUUAUUAUUGUAUAUAAUCAAAAAUUUUAAAAUAAAUGCACGAAACAUAUUUAUAUAUUUUUUUAAUUAAAAUCCCGUACUUCAUAAAUAUACCUAAACAUUCUCUUGAACUAAAUAUUUAUGCUGGUGUAGUCCACCGAACAGUACAUCUUUCACAAAAUGCAGGGGUGGAUCCAGAAAUGAAGUUUGGGAGGGGACAUUUUUUUAUUCAAAAUGUCUUGGUCAAAUGUGUAAUAUUACAGAUAAUGUAGAAUGACCAAACUAAACCUAGUUCAUGACAAAUUAAAAUUAAUAGCUACUGAACAAUUUUGGGAGGGGAAAUUUCCCUCAUUUCCCUCCCUGUGGAUCUGUGCCUGCAAUAUACCACAUCUAUCUACUUCCAAGUAUUGAAUAAAUGUUGACAUUCUGAUAGCACUUCAUUCCAACCAUUAUGAAGAAUGACAAUAAGAACAACUUCUUAUCGAAUGAAUGUAAAAUCAGAGGCAUGUGCACAUGGGGACAGAGGAAUCAUGGCUCCUCUGAAUAUUUUGUGAAGGGUCUCAUUUCGUUAUGUAAUAAAACAUUUUAUUUCUGAAGUGUAUCUAAUUCCUAAUUUCCACCUUUUUUUACACAACAAUUUAGGGAGUUGUUAUGAAUUUGGUGAAAAGAAUCCAAGCCAUCUGACAACUAUAUUAAUGGAUAAAAAUAAAAUCAAUUUUAUUUGAUAACUUUUAUGAUUAAAAUUACUAUUAUACACUUGUAAGUCCUUUAGUAUGUUUUCUAUAUAUACUAGUUAAGUCUCAUAUGUAAAUAAAAAUAUGUUCUUAGGAACAGGGGGACCAGAAAUGCAAUUGACCCCAAUUCUUGUUUUAGGCUGUGCAUGCCAAUGUGUAAAAUUAAGUCUGUUAUUUAAAAUAUUGUUUAAAUGACCCAAUAUGUAGACUUUCAGCAGAAAUCAGCUUUGUAGACUGUCAAGAAGUAACUGUUGUUGACUAGAGACUUCUGAAUUUUUAUGAACAUAAAUUUUAAACAGAGAUUAGUUUUGAGUGCUUUUAGUUCCUUUUCCAGACCAUAACCAAUUGCGGACAGUAUCUGGGUGAAACAUGCAUGUGAAUGAGAGAAAUUGCUUUCAACAUGUUAUUAAUAGUAUAAUAUUUGAAAAUAAAAGUUUGUAUUGUCUUUUGAAGGUAGCAAUAUUUUUUUUUAAUGGUUUUAUUCUGCUAGAAUCUGCACACUGCAUUUACUAUUCUGAAAUUAUUAGUAUAUUGCCCAACACAUCAUUUCGCAAAUACUGGCCAAAACCAGAAUUGUAAUGGCCCUUACAUGUCGUUUGUGAUAUCAGCUGUGGGUUAACAGUGCAACUGGGUAUCCAGAGGUUAAACCUGAGGAGACUUCUCCUGCAAUGUAGCCAUCAUCAUGAUCUUGAAAGCUGAAGGCAAGUCUCAAAUCUUUUGCACUCUUUACAUCAAUCUAUUUUUUUAAAUAAUAACCUUGUGGAGAAAAUUUUGUAUAUGACAGUAAAAAUAUUUCUUGAGGCAGACUUGUCUUCUUUGCAUAUCCUGAAAAGUCUCCUCUUAUAUGGAAAUAAUAAGUUCAUAUCAACUUUAUGAACAUUAUAUAUCUGACAAUAUGUUCAAGAAAAUUACUAGUACAUACAUAACAUGCUAUAGAGAGUUUAAUGUGGAAUAUCACCCUUGGGGCAAGAUGUGCUGUAUGCACAUCUAUAAAUAAGAGGAAAAAUCAAAUCAUUAAAAGAGAAGCCAAGUUAAAAUCACAAAAGAUGGAACAGAUGAACGCUAGUCAAGAUCUCAGCUAAUAAAUUAUCUUCACUCAUUCAUAUUUGUAGGGCUGCCAGUCUCAGUUGGGGAAAAAAAAAGAAAAGAUAAACACUCAUUCUCCAGAAGAAACCCUAGGUAGUCAAAUGAAUGUAGUAAUAUAAUAUUGUAACUCCUGCUUGAUUUUAGGUGACAAUUUUCUAAAUUCUACUGUUCACAAAUUAUAAAAUUGAUAAAAAGAUUUGCCAUCAUCUAGGAAUACAUUUUUCAUAUUAAGAUGUUUAUUAAAAGUUUUUAUAUUAGGAAUUAAACAUUUUAUAAAUCCUGUGUUAAUUAAAAAUGUGAUCGUAGG